UCGAACAGGUACACGAAAACCAAAUAAUAAUUUACAGUUUUCUAAUUUCUAUACUUAUUUGAUAAAUUCUUUAAUGAAUCAUGGCUUAUUUAACCCAGUCCGACUAUGUGAAAUAUAUUUGUUCUUGCGGGCAACUGAAACCCAUUACAAGUCUAUAUUUUUGUCGUCAUUGCUUGAAAAUUCGAUGUGGAUUCUGCAUUUGUCAUGAGGUGGAUUCCCAUUACUGUGCAAACUGUCUGGAGAACAUGCCGUCUUCUGAAGCCAGGUUGAAGAAGAACCGCUGCAGCAGCUGUUUUGACUGCCCCAGUUGUUUUCACACCCUGUCCACUCGUGCCACAUUGGCACAGCCCCGACAAACUGUACAGGAUCCCGCAGCGAGCGGAGAUGCUAAAGUGGAGAACAAACAGCCCAAAAAGAUGUAUUACUUAUCAUGUUUUAACUGUAGAUGGACAUCUAGAGAUGUUGGGAUUCCAGAUCAGCCUGUUGCAUCUGGUGGGUGGCCUGAACGAGCCAAUCCAUUUGCAACUCGCAUGAAUCAGCUCCUUGACUACUACAAAGCUAUAGCACAGCAGGAGAAACAGGAGAAACUGGAGAGAGAGAGGAAGAAGUUUGCCAUCAGAGGGAAAUAUAUUACACUUACUGAUAAAACCGGCUUAACUGGCGCCAUGGCUCGUAACAUAGCUGGACUUCCAUCAAGUGAUGGUGGCUCAUCCUCAGCCAUCGCUAACUUCGUCGCCAGCCAGGCCAGCGAAGAUAUUGACGAAUUACCUGAAGACAUCUACACUAAAGAAGUUAAUUUAAACCAAAUAACAAGCAUGCCACAGCGGCUAGCAUCUCCCGAAUGGCAACCCGUAUCAGUAUCCCGACUACACCCGCUGGCAAAGUUGCUCAGCGUGAAGCGCAGCCAGCGCUGCAGGGUGUGCGACCACAACCUCACCAAGCCAGAGUACAACCCUGGCUCUAUCAAGUUUAAAAUUGAGCUACUAGCUUACUAUCACGUCCCCGAAGUGAAGAUCAUAUCGUUUGAACCCGUCAAACCUGGUGAGAAGUCGGCAUUAAUAAUAAAGCUAACAAACCCAACCGGUCACGAGAUGCAAGUGAGACUGUUACAGCCCGAGGACCUGCCAGAAGUGGAAGAACCAGAGGAGCCUAAGAGUAUAGAGAAGUCGCUUGAAAAGUCACUCAAUUUAGAAAAGGAGGCGUCGACGGAGAUCUGUGCGAGCGCCCAGCAGCUGGCGGCGGCGUGCGCGCGCGCAGCAUCCAGCCGCGUCCGGUCGCAGCGCGUCACGCUCGCACUGCCGCAGCGGGACGACGCCGCCGAGUAUGACGACGACGCGCACCACCACACAGACCACAUCAUCCUGUGGCGGAAAUCGAACAAGGUAGCCCUCAGGCUGGAAGUGGAGACAGAGUCGAGUGUGCCGGGUGGGGCGCCCGCCAGCGUGGCGCUCCCGCUCGAGUACUCGUACCGCAAUACUGUGCCGCCCACAGCCGCGCCACCACCACGAGACCACACGCUGCACGCUGCCGUACUGCUGCACCUGGGCGUCGUCAGCGGCUAGCACUCACCACCACACUGUGUCGCUGCCGCUGCUCCUGGAAGUCGUCAGCAACUAGCACUCACGACCACACUGUGCCGCCCGCAUGUCAUCUAGUACAGUUUAUUUGUGGUUAGUAACCACUUAUAAACGGCACUUGUAACAGUGAUUUAACACAUAAGCACACAGUUUUAUUCUAUGGUCGCAUGUUCGAUUCCCGCAUAAACAAAAUAUAUAUAUACAUAAUAGUAUCUUUGUAUUGGGUUGUGUA